GGCGCUUUCAAUCUCAACUUCGUCAAGUCCGCGUACUUCGACAAGGCCGUCAAGCGGAUCAGUCUGGACCGCACCGUGCAGGUCUCCGAUGUGGAAGAGUUUGCGCCCAAACACCUGGUGCGCAUAUCUCAACUGGGAACUGUCAACCGCCGCCAGCUGAUGGACUACACUUACGAGCCCGGCGCAGGGUCCAACGUGAGCGCAUACAUCGUCGACACGGGCAUCAAGACCGACCAUCCAGACUUCAACGCCAGAGCGAGGCUGGGGGCCAGUUUGGUCCAGGACAACUUGUACGGCGACCCCAACGGCCACGGCACGGCGGUUGCGGGCAUCAUUGGCUCCGAAACGUUCGGUGUUAGCAAACAGUGUGUUCUGGUGGACUACCGUGUUUUCAACGAGAGCGGCACGGCCCAGCUGUCGACAGUACUGGAAGCACUGAAGCUGAUUCACGACCACGAGACGCCUGGCGUCGUGCUGCUGGCGAUGAUCUCCGAGCGCAACGAGAUCUUCCACUCUGCGCUUUCGCAACUGGCAAACCGCGGUUUUGCGAUAGUCUCUGCCGCGGGAAACUUCAACAGCAGCGCGUGUCUCUAUUCCCCGGCGGCAUUCGAGUCAGGGCUCACCGUUGGGUCGAUAGAGACGCACGGCGACAACUUGGGUUUUUUCACAAACUGGGGAGACUGCGUCGACGUGUUCGGCGACGGCAUCAACGUGGCCACGCUGUCGCCGAUGGCCGAGAGGGUGACCCAAAAAUCGGGCACUUCGAUGUCGGCCGCCAUAGCAGCAGGCCUGGUGGCCACGUAUAUGUCAAUG